AUGCUGAGUAAGCUGGAGGCGAGCGUGAAGGCAGGCAACUUCUACGAAGCACAGCAGCUCUACAAGAGCGUCAGCGCCAGGUUAGGUCAAACCUCUCAAACCAAACCUCUCAACCCAACCCACCAUCAUCUAUCAUUCCAUGCACCUUGCUUCCCUUCCCUCUCCUUGCCUUUCCUUCCCUCCCGUUGCCCCCCAUCCUUCCUUGCCCUCCCCUUUUCCUUCUCGUCGCUCUGCAAAGACGGUCGCGUCUCCCUAGAAUCCCCCUCCCAUCCCCCUGCCAUCCCCCCCCCAUCCCCCCCCCAUCCCCCUCCCAUCCCCCUCCCAUCCCCCCCCCAUCCCCCCCCCAUCCCCCUCGCAUCCCCCUCCCAUCCCCCUCCCAUCCCCCUCCCAUCCCCCCCCCAUCCCCCCCCCAUCCCCCUCGCAUCCCCCCCCCAUCCCCCCCCCAUCCCCCUCUCAUCCCCCCCCUCCCAUCCCCCUCUCAUCCCCCCCCUCCCAUCCCCCUCCCAUCCCCCUCCUCCCAUCCCCCUCCCAUCCCCCUCCCAUCGCCCUCCCAUCCUCCUCCUCGUGCACGCGGAUCAGGCACCCAUCAACUCCCAUUCCACUCCACUCCCUUGGGGGCGCGCGCCGACAGAGGAUGCAGUGGAGCUGCUGCAGAGCGGUGCGAGCAUGCAGCUGCAGCAGCAGCAUCACCGUAACUACCACCACACCCUCGCUUCCUCCCCUUCUCUCUCCCUCCUCCAGGUAUCUAAGCCGUGGGGGUGCGCGGGCAGAGGAUGUGGUGGAGCUGCUGCAGAGCGGUGCAUGUGUUCAUGUGUGCAGCUGCAGCAGCGGCAUCACCAUAACACCCCACUUUCCUCCUCCCCCACCAGGUACCUGAGUAAAGGGGGCGCGCGGGCAGGGGACGCAGUGGAGCUGCUACAGAGCGGGGCGUGCGUGCAGCUGCAGCAGCACCAUCACCAGAACAUACCCCUCCCCCCCUCCCCCUCCAGGUACCUGAGUAAAGGAGGCGCGCGGGCAGAGGAUGCAGUGGAGCUGCUGCAGAGCGGUGCAUGUGUGCAGCUGCAGCAGCGGCAGGUGACGUGUGGCACGGAGCUGGCUCUUCUGCUCGUGGAUUCUCUGUCUGCAACGCACGCCGCGCACUCGCAAGGCGCUGUGGAGCGUCUGUUGGCCAUUAACGACGCAUUCAAGCCGCUGCUCGCACACCAACCCGCCUCGCCCGCUGCUGCUGGUGGUGGUUCUGAGUCUGCGAGUGAGAGCAGGGAGCAAUCUGCAGCGCCGGAGGCAGCCGCGUCUGCUGCUGCUGCUGAAUCCGAAUCACUGUCUGCGUUUGAAGGCUGCUUGUCCUUCCUCAAAGCCGCCAUUCGGUGGUCUCUGAAGGCACAGGGAGCACCAAGGCAUGGAGCACCAGAGCUGCACGAUGCACUGGCAGUGCUGCUGUGGACGCAUGGUGCCACUCAGGAUCUAGAGGCAGCCAGCCGGCACUUUGUGCUGGGCCGCGACACUAAGGCGUUUAGCUCAGUUCUCUGCCAAGUCAUGCAGGAGGGCUUCCCAGACGAGGUGGACCUUGUGCUCGCCAGAGCCGUGCUGCAGUACCUGACAGUGGGCAACAUAAAGGGAGCUAAUGAGCUGAUGGACGAUAUAACAGCACGGGGGGCAGCAGGCGCUGCACCAGCUCUACCCGACUCCCCUCUCCUCCACUUCACCCGCUUCCUGCUCCUCACGGUUGAGAGGGAUGCCCUGCCUCUCUUCCUGCUGCUGCGCAAGGUGUAUGCUCCCAGCAUUCGCCGCGACCCCCAGUUCCAUUCCUACCUGGACGAACUAGCCCACCGCUACUACAAGGUGGCGCGGCCGUCAGGGGGGGGAGACUUCAUGGGCGGGCUUCUGCAGAUGGAUUCGUUCAUCGAGGGCUCUUUUCCUCGGCCACGCCGCAUCGAUCCCGAUCCUUUCACACGUCUGUCGGAUGAUCUCGUCGCGCACAUUCUCGCGCUCGUCGCCUCUAACGGCUUCCGCUUCCACCCCAAGCUGCGCCUUACAACCGCCGCUGCUUCUUCUUGCACCACCACAGCCACCGCCGCCGCGGAGCCUAACGCGGGCGGAGCCGGGGGCGACGGUGCUUCUGCGGAGCGCGAUGAUGGGAUGGCCAGAAACGUGGGGAAUACUGUUAACGGGUCGGCCAACAGCGAGGACGCGGAUGCGGAUGCGCAUGGCGACGACGCGAGCGAGGACGAGCUGCUGCACGAGCGCAUCGCGCGGGCAGUGAAGAACAAGUGCGCGCGUUUCGUACGCGUUAUCCAGCUACCCCGCGCCAUAGCUCUCGAGGCCGAAGCGACCGCCGCGAACUACGCUCGAACCAUGACACUCCAGAUCGAACCCGACAAUCCCGACACGCCGUCAGCUGAGCAUAUCCUCGCCUCCGUCUAUCCGCCCCCCCUCUCCGGGACCUCCGCGGACUCCGCGCCCCUUCCGCCUCCGCCUCCGCUUCCGCCUCCGCCGUUCACGGUGUUCCACCACGCGCUCGUGUGCAAGCGCUGGCUCCGCUUGGCGCGCUUCAGCCUCCCCGCCAUCCUCCUGCAAGCCGACCGCCGCCUUUCCAUCCAAACCUUCCGCUCCUUUCUCUCCUCCCCACCUCCUCCCUCCUCCUCCCCUCCCAUCCUCCUCUCCCUCUCCCCUCCCACCACCCGCUCCGCCAACGCUGCUUCCCCGUCCUUUCCCCUCCACUCCCCGCUCACCCUGCGUCACCUGCACAUCGGCCCAUCGGCUCUAGACGCCAUAACAGACGAUCUCCUUAACUCCAUCGCGACGGGAUGUGCUUCCUCCCUCACGCACCUGUCGCUGUAUCGCCACAUGAACCUGCGCUCCUGGGACCAGAACUACGGCUCAGACGACCCCGACGACGCCGUCGCGAAAGUAACAGAGCCCGCCGUUACCGCCCUUUUCGCCGCCUGCCGCCGCCUGGUCAGCUUGAAACUCGUGCUGCCCAUGUGCCUGCCCGAGCUGCCCGCUUCCGUGAGCCUCCUGCAGCGGCUGACGCGGCUGGACGUUUCGUGCGGCCGAGACGACCGCGAUUCCAGGCCGCUUCCAGAGCCCGAGGCGGGGUUACCCGAGAGUGUUGGCUCGCUGUCCGCGUUACAGUCGCUUCGCAUCCGCGCUGCUUGCGCGCUAGCCCUCCCGCCCACCCUCUCCCGCCUCCGCUCCCUCACCUCGCUGAAAGUCGACGGCUGCUUCGACCUCCGGGAGCUGCCCGACGGUCUCGGGCAGCUAAAAAAACUGCGGUACCUGGAGUUGGCGAAGUUAGAUUCUUUGGAAUCCCUGCCCGACUCCAUCAGCCUCUUAUCAUUCCUCGAAACCCUCCACCUGCGCGGGCUCAGUGCCGCCUCUCUCCCAGACUCCUCCGCCCACCUCUCCUCGCUCAAACGCCUCCUCCUCUCCCACCUCUCGCACCUGCAAUCGCUCCCUGAUGGCAUCGGAGAGCUGCCAUCGCUGCAAGAACUGACCAUCAAGUUCUGCGCUCGCUUGACUGCUCUCCCGCCCUCGCUCUCCGCCCUCUCCUCCCUCACUGCUCUCACCGUUCAGUUCUGCGAGUCUCUCGCCUCGUUGCCGGAGGAUAUCGGCGACGUUCCCACCUCUCUUCUCUUGUUCUCGACCAGCUUCCCGCCCUGGCAGCCAUUCCAGACUCGCUAG